CUUGUAAUAGUAAUAUAUUUAUUCGCCGCGGUGAUCAGCUGUGAAUCUGCGGCUGGUGGUUGAUGGUUGAUGCGUCCACUGGAACUUCAAAAUGCUGGCUCGUGAGAUCAGAGAGCAGAAAAGAAACAUGGCUGAGUGAGGAUGAGACUACCCAGCUCUGUCCUUGUGUCGGUCUCGUUGUUUACGGCCGAGACGACGGCGGCUCUGUAUCUGAGCAGCACUUACCGCUCCGCGGGUGAUCAGAUUUGGCAGUGUUUCACGCUCCUCUUCACGCUUGUGCCAUCCGUGCUGGUGCAGCUCACACUUAUCUUUAUUCACAGAGACCUGAGCAGAGACAGACCUCUAGUACUGCUGCUUCAUAUAUUACAACUAGGACCAAUAAUAAGGUGCCUUGAUGCCUUCUGUAUCUACGGCAGCGCUGGAAAGGUGGAGGAGCCGUAUGUCACCAUCACCCGUAAGAAGCAGAUUCCCCGGGACGGGCAGACCGAAGAGGUGGAGCAAGAAGUGGGCCAGGCGGAGGGAAAGUUAGUCACGCACAGAGCCGCUUUCGCCAGGACCUCGGUCAUACAGGCCUUCCUGGGCUCUGCACCCCAGCUCACGCUGCAGCUCUACAUCUGUGUGCUGCAGAAAGGGGUGUCUAUCGGUAGAGGUACAUUGAUGGUCAUUUCCCUUCUCUCAAUUGUAUAUGGAGCCCUACGCUGCAAUAUUCUCGCCAUAAAGAUACGCUAUGAUGAUUACGAAGUGUCCGUGCGUCCGUUGGCGUACCUGUGCGUGUUCCUGUGGCGAGGGUUCGAGAUCGCCACGCGCGUGACCGUGCUGGUCCUCUUCAGCUCAGUGUUGAAGGUGUGGGUGCUUCCGGUGGUGUCAGUCAACUUCGUCCUGUUCUUUCUUCGCCCGUGGGUUCUCUUCUGGAGCAGCCGCUCUCCGUUCCCGGAGAACAUCGAGAAGACAUUGACGCGUGUGGGGACCACUAUCGUCCUCUGCAUGCUGACCUUCCUGUACGCUGGCAUCAACGUGUUCUGCUGGUCCGCUGUUCAGCUCAGAUUGGACGACCCCGACUUGAUCGAUAAGCGUCAGGCAUGGAGGCGGGUGGCAGUGUAUUAUUCCCUCCGUUUUGUCGAGAACACGGGACUGACUUUGAUGUGGUACGUCCACCGGACUGAGUUCUACCAAUGGGUGGAUGCUCCCGUGUUAGAAAUACUGCUGUUGUUGGGUUAUGCCACAGCUGUGUUUUUUAUGUUACUCUUUUACCAGUUCUGCCACCCUUGCAGGCAACUGUUCUCAUCCAGUCCAGCCCAGGGCUUUUGGGAGUGCUGUGGAUCUCUCUGCCUGCUACGUGGGACUCUUCCCCAGCCGGGCUCCAUAAGGACCAAACCACCAGGGAAAGACAAUGGAGACGAUCCACCCUGCGUUACCAAAGGGGACAUCGGGCAGAGUUUGUGCGGCGUCGUGUGAGCAAAGCACAACUUAAAGGGACUUAAGUUCACCCAAAAA